CAAAACAACUUUUGAAAACCAAUCGCUGAUUAUUUUUAUGGUUUAAUGGAUCGAAUCUGUGUGUUUAUUUUUUUUUAUCAAAAUUUUGCGGUGAGAUUUGAGUUGAUUACGUGCCCAUACAGAUAUUCAACGUUCGAAUGCAUUUAGUAAAAUCGACUGUUUCGCUAGUCAAAUUAUCGAUUGGUCAUCAAAGUUUCGUUCAACAUCUGCUACAGCCCCGAUUUUUUCACACAAUAGCCGCUGUCAAAAUGAAGUACUUGAAUCAAGAAGAAGCAACGAAUAUCGAUUUGGAAUUGUUCAACGAGUAUAAGUACAGUGUCGAUCAAUUGAUGGAACUAGCCGGAUUGAGUUGUGCACAUGCCGUUGCUAAGUGUUAUCGAAUAAACGAACUCACCAAACGUAUUUUAGUUUGUUGCGGACCCGGUAAUAAUGGUGGUGAUGGAUUGGUUUGCGCUCGUCAUUUGGCCAUUUUGGGCUAUCGAUGUACCAUUUAUUAUCCAAAACGCACCGAUAAAGAUCUAUAUCGUAAUUUAGUGGCACAGUGCAGUGCAUUUGGUGAAGCAAUCAAUUUUAUCGACACCUGCCCAUCGAAUGCAAGCGACUAUUCACUUAUCAUUGAUGCACUGUUUGGAUUCAGCUUUCGGCCACCGGUUCGCGACAACUUCUUACCCAUCAUUCGUACUCUGGAAAAGGCCACCAUUCCAAUUGUCAGCAUCGAUAUCCCGAGCGGCUGGCACGUUGAAAAUGGUCCGCAGCCAAUUGAGGAUGGUCAAUCGGGGAAUGUGAUACAAGCAAUUAAACCGGAGUUGCUGGUGUCUUUGACGGCACCGAAACUGUGUGCAAAACAUUUCCGUGGGAAAUAUCACUACUUGGGAGGCCGAUUUGUUCCACCGCCACUGCAGCAAAAAUACGACUUGAAUUUGAUUGCAUAUCCGGGCACCGAAAGUUGUGUUGAAAUUCCGUCAGAGAAUUAAUCGCCACAUUUCAUUGAUUCUUCUAUGAAAAUGAAUCCUCUCUUUUUUUGAACUCUUUUCCCUAUGGAUUUUUUUAUUGAUUUUUUUCACUUUGUAUUUGUUAUAAUCGUAUAGCUUCAUGCAAAUAAAUGGCAUAGUUGAACAAAAGAGAAUCCAUUUUUUCAAUUUCUUAUACAAAUAAGUAGAAUGCAUUCGGUUCUGUCGGUUGACUUGAUUUCUGAGUUUUUUAUUUGAUUCAUUAAAACGACAUGUAAAAUAUUCACGUUCAUGUGUAACAA